AUGGAGCUAGCAUAUCGGUUGACCGAAUACGCUCUAGAGCCAGCCGGCGAGGACGACACAGCUAGAGUCAUGACGCGUCAAGAAGGCAGUAUUGAGGAGACAGAGCAGCAAGAAAUCGCAGCAGCCAUGUCGAACUACGUCUAUCUAGCAGAGCACGAAGUUCUCAUCUGCAAGGAACACGGCUACGCAGUGCGAGGCUUAGACAGCCAUCUGCGCUUGGUCCAUACUUCUUACACUUCUACGUCGAAGAAGGCAAGGGCUGCACUAAGACAGCAUCACAGCGGACGCAACAUGCCAGACCCAUCCACAGUCCGUCUACCCGAGCCAGGACAGCCGGCAAUUGAGUAUCUGUGUAAGCCAAUCCCAGGCUACUACUGCAUCCACAACCAGGACAACACCGCCGGCGAACAAGACGUACGAGGGGAUGCAUCGACAACAACAGACUCCCCCAGUCACUGCGGCUUCACCACCAGCGACCGUACCAACAUCGGCAAACACUGUCGUAAUGCACACGGCUGGAAAUCUACUGACGAAGACCGUCAGUGCUGGAAAGAUGUCUACAUCCAGACGUUUUGCAAGAGUUCAGGCAAACAAAAGUGGUUUGUCAUCCAGUUCGACGGCAUCAAAGAUGACUUCCAGAAGUUAAAAGAGCAAUGGCAGAAAGAGCAGGAGAUACUAGCAGACAGGGUUGAGAAAUGCGAGAACACCGGAUGGUGGAACAAGACAAGAUGGAGAGAGCAUCUCAAGAACUGCAAUCUCACCCAUCUCUCGUACACCAGCCGGCUGCCCGAGAAGGAUGAAGAAGCGUUACUCAAGGUAGCAGCGGUGAUCGAGAAGAUGGUCGAGAGGGGUGUCUCAGGACUGAGCUCGAUGCCGGAAGGCUUGCGUCGUUGGCUUCGAAGUGCAGAGAUGCACAAGCCAGACGUGAGACCGCUAUCCCGGUUGCAGAAUCCAGAGAGUCAAGAACGGUACACCGGGUACUGGAAGCGAAUGGUUUGUUACUGUCUACGAGUAUGGUGCACUCGUCACGAAGCCACGGACAGCGAGUCAAGUGGCGAUGGCAGCAACAAUGACGAUACCGAAAGCGACAGCGAUGAGGUAAACAGUGUGUACAAUGCUAACGCCAACACUGAUGAGGUAAACAGUGUGUACAAUGCUAACACCAACACUGAUACCGACGACGACGACGACGACGACGACGACGACGACGACGACGACGACGACGACGACGACAAUUCCGACACAGAUCCACAACACGAUCAAGGCAGACGGCAAGCACAAGAUCACAUGCACGAUGCUCGGAGGCUCUUCCCAUGGAACGACCAACUCGAAAGAGCAUUAGAGGAGGUGUGGAGAUUGAUCGUGUGGAACGACCGCUUCGACAGCGCUCUAAUCCAUUUCAUGGCCGUGAUGGGCAUCGACGAGACCAACGCUCGGCUACGCGAUGGCAACGACUACUCUUACAUGAUCGCCGGACUGGUGUACGUGUCCAGGAUCGUGACCGCCGAAGCUCUGCUCCCAUCACUCGACCGCGAAAACCAAGGGGAGGCCGACUUCGAGGCAUUUCUCGAGCAGAGAAAAGAGUUUCUAGCCGACGGAUCGAUGAGCGUGAUGGGAGAGAUGUUGAGCUUGCUAGCGUACGGAAAGAAGAUCGCAAAGAACUUCCACGCCCAGGGGAAGCUGCACUGGACUCACGACGGAGCCGGCGUCGCUCUCGGCAGCAUCGAGUUCACGGUGUACAACUUCAAGUCCAUGGCACGCUCCGCUCUAGACGAUUGCGAAGACUACAUGUGGAGGGAUCUCAUGUGGGCAGGCCGCAAGGCAGAUCGCUUCGUGUUAGAUCUCGAUAGCAUCACCGACGACAUGACGGUGAAGAAGAGAGGCUGGUACUUCGGUGCCGACCCGAACCAGGAUCUCGAAGCACAAGGUCUCGACUGGAUGUUGAAGAGGAUGCUAGGCUCGAACCAGGGGAAGAAGAUGCGCAGAGGUGACCAGUGGCAGUCGAGACUGGUGGCCAACUAUCUCCGGAGGGUGGACAAGUUCAGGGAGCUGUUCAUAUUCUGCGUGCACGUCUUGAGCGGCCAGCCCGCCAGAGGAACCGAGAUCACCAGUCUGCGCUUCCGCAACGGAGUGGCCAACCACCGCAACGUCUUCGUCUUGGACGGCAGAGUGAUGACGGUGACGAGCUACCACAAGUCACAAGCAAUGCUCGACAUGCCCAAGAUGGUGCCACGCUUCUUGCCGUGGAAACUGGGUCAGAUCGCGGUCAUCUAUCUCACCCACGUGCGGGCGUUCGCCGAGUUGCUGUCGGUGCAGGUACAGUACGGUCAAGGAUGGAGUGACUACAUCUGGGCGGACUCGCACGGCCCGUGGGAGACGCAGAAGCUCACCGACACGAUGAAACGAGAGACGGCCAAACGACUGAAGGCCAAGCUACACACCCAGAACUACAGACACGCCGCCGUCUUUCUAGGCAGGAGAUUCGUCGGACCGAGGUUCGCCAAAGGCUACCGAGAGGAGGCCGAAGAUCCGGAAGAAGCCCAGGCGGGUGAUAUGGAUGACGAUCUCGAGGAGGGCAACGCGAUCGAGCUACAGAAAGCCGGCGGCUUCGGCACCGGAGCCGGCAGAUACGCGGUCAGAGCGGACAUCUUGAAGUAUCUCAACCAAGAGUCGAUCGACAUCUUCGGCGAUCUCAGCGAAAGCUGGCACAGGUUUUUCGAGCUCGACCACAGAGAUCCGAAGAGGAAAAGAAAGGCCGAGAGCAGCAGCAACAAAGACGAUGGGAUGCAAACCGUCGACUUUGAAGGAUUGAGGAAAGAGAGAUUGAUCAAGAGACUGCCCGCGGCAAAAGGAGGAGCUGUUACUGUUGCCGCCACUCCGACGACAGUAGAUCUCUCACCGUUCUUACAACAAUCCGAAAGGCAGCAGAAGGAGAUCGAAGACUUGCGGAUGAAGCUCAAGGCACAAGAAUUCGAACUGACAAGACUUCGAGGAGAGGAGCUGCAGCAGGGACGACAGCAACCCAUGACCCCCAUCGUUGGCUUGGGCAUCUACUCGAACAACAACAACAACGGAAUGCCGACCCCGGUGACAGAGGGAAACAGGCACGACUCACACAACGAUGAUGCCAACGACAAGAACGACAGCAACGAAGUCAUCUACAUCGACGAUGACGAUAAUGAUGACAACCACCACGACGAAUCCAGGUACUCUCCAAGGUGCAGCGGCAGGAACCACCAACAGCAUCUGCAGCAGCACGUAGACGACAGUCCGAUCAUCGAACGAAGCCGAAGAAGGCGCGAGAGGCUGCAACGCUACAGAAGACCGACGGCACAGGAAAAGGAGAGGGCUAUACGCAAAGCACUCAAGAAACCAAUGGACGACGACGCGGUGACGAUCAGAUACAGAUCGAAAGCACAAGGAGAAGCGCUCGGGAGAAUCAUGGACGGUGGGUUCAACGUUCUCACCGUCGUUCUGCCGACAGCCGGAGGCAAGACUCUACUCUUCACCGCACCCGCUUGUCUGGAAGAAGACGUCGGGGUGACCAUCGUGGUGGUACCGUUCCGCAAGCUCAUCGACGAGACGCAGCUCGUGGUCGUCAGCGUGGACAAGAUGCACGAUCACUUCUGGUCGUACGCACGGCAGAUGGCGGAGCAGGGCCGACUGAGACGAGUGGUGGUGGACGAGUGCCACUUGCUGGUGACUUCGCACAGCUGGAGACCGCAUCUCGUGGAGCUGGAGAAGCUCAAGUCACUAGGAGUACCGAUGGUGAUGCUGACGGCCACACUCCCAAGGUACAUGGAGGUCGAGCUACGACGAAGUCUAGGUAUCGGCAUCGGAAUGAUGUCGCUCAUACGAGCAUGCACGGUGAGGGAGAACAUCACUUACACCGUCAGACAGGACAUCGGCAAAGGCAAGCUGGUCGAAGAGACGGCCAGAGUGUGCGAAGAGGUCGCCGACGAGCUACGGAGCACCAGGAAAGAGAAGGCCGUCGUCUACUGCCGAAGCAAGAAAGACUGCGAGGAGAUGGCGGAAAAGCUAGGCUGCGGCUUCUUCUACGCCGGACACGUCGACGGCGGGGAAACGCUAGAGCAGUGGAAGGCGAACGGCGGCUUCAUCGUGUCGACGACAGCUCUCAGCACCGGACUCAACUACGAGGCCGUCAAGGCGGUCAUCCACUCGGGACUGCCAUACGGACUGAUCGAGUUCGCCCAAGCAUCGGGCAGAGCGGGUCGAGAUCCCAACGAGAGAGUGGACUCGAUCGUACUGCUGGAGCAAGGGUGGGAGGAAGAAGAGCAAGGGACGCGGGAGCGUUACAACGAGGCACUCGGACCGGACGGAGCAGCGAUGAUGGAGUACAUCAAGACGGAGGAGCUGGUCAGGCAGUCCGAGCUGGAAAAGGAGAUGGUCGAAGAGGCUCUAGACGAGAUGAAGCUCGGCUGUCCGAUGUGUUGGAUGAAGUCAGAAGAGAAAGACUCACAUCUGGAGCACGGUGGCCGGGAGUGCGAGAGUCGAGAGCUGACGGUGACAGACGAGGCCGACGAAACGACAAUUGUCGAUGUUGACACAUUCCGGAAGCAGAUCAAAUACGCAAAGGCGAGCAAGGCUUGCAGGAAGUGCGGCAUCAACCAGAGGAUGUGCAACACCAGGGAAGACGCCAAACGAAAAUGCCAGUGGCCCGGCAUAGCAGUACCGGUGUUGAUGACAGCAGUUCGAGAUCCGAUCGGGAGGAACAUCAUCCGAAAAGCCGGCUUCGAACCGAAUCGAGUGGUGGAAGAGGAGAAGGAGGGGUGGAAGGCUUACGCAGCGUGGUGCGGCCAGGCCAGAGACAGGCGGAUAUGGGGAGAGAUGAUGAGCAAUUCGAUGUGGGUGGUGAAGGAAUUUUUGGUUUACAAGAGUGGGGAGAGGAUGAGGCAAUUCGAUGAUGGCGGUGGUGAUGAGAGUCAGGAGAAGGAGGACAAGGAUGAUGAUGAUACUUCAUCAUUCGAGGAUCUGGACAUGGAUGAAGACGACUUUAUCAUGAUCGAUGCCGGGACCAUGGAAGCUACAACAACAACAACAACCGCCACCACGGCUAGAGCGACAGCACCAGCAGCAGCAGCAACAGAAACAGAAGUGGGAGAACGACAAGAGACCCCGGAAGCCCGAGCUACAGCCGUGGAAGAACUGGAACACAGCAGACAGAUCCCCCGAGUGUCGAAACGUCCGAUGUGCUCGGAUAUCAGCAGCAGAGAAGGCACGAUCGGGCAAGACGGAGCGCAGGCACACGUCAUGGAGGACUUGUCCACUGGUCAAGACGUUAGGACUGGUAGAGAAAAUGGAAGAGAUGGAUGGGAAACUGGCCAGGACGAAGAUGGAAGGGUCGUCGGGUUGCAACAAAUGCUGGAGACCAUGCAUGCUGUGUGA